AAAAACGGCUCAUUCUUCUUCUCUCUUGAUGCCCUCUCACUCUCGCUCGGUUCUUCUUUCAGCCUAGUUGACCUGCACUAACCUUUUCGAUUUCUCACAAAAUAUUCAGAAUCUCUAACUGGGCCAUGGCUUGGAGUUGGAGAUGUAGCUGUGUGGUUUCAGUUGCUGUAAUGCUUCUGCCACUUAUGGCUUCUGCGGGUUCUAUUGUCAAGAACCUACCGGGCUAUAAUGGUGACCUUCCAUUCAAGCUUGAAACUGGAUACAUAGGAGUGGGAGAAGGAGAAGAGGUCCAAAUAUUUUACUUAUUUGUGGAGUCUCAAAGAAAUCCUUUCAUUGAUCCACUUUUACUUUGGUUCGUUGGAGGUCCAGGCUGCUCUGGCCUUUCUGCAUUUUUUUUCGAAAAUGGGCCAUUAGUAAUGGAUCGCAAUUAUAGUGGGAACCUUCCAAACCUUGAAUUGAACCCAUAUGCAUGGACAGAUAUGUUGAAUAUGAUAUACAUAGAUAUGCCAGUGGGCACUGGAUUUUCUUACUCAGAAACGCAAGAAGGCUACUAUAGCAGUGACAUACUGUGGGUGGAACAUACAUAUACAUUUUUACUAAAGUGGUUUAUCGAUCAUCCAAAGUUUAGCUCAAAUCCAUUUUACAUUGGUGGUGGCUCAUAUUCAGGAUUAACAACUGGUCCUCUUGUUCAAAAAGUAUAUGAAGGUUACAAAGCAAGAAGCGUGCCACUCAUCAACAUCAAAGGUUAUGUGAUCGCAAGCCCAUGCGUUGACGUGUAUCACGACACGAACAUGAAAGUUUUAUUUGCAUACCAUAUGGGUCUUAUACCAGAAGAACUCUAUGAGUCGAUGAAAGAAAAUUGUAACGGCGAUUAUGUAAACAUUGAUCCGGAAAACACAAAGUGCGUCUCAGAUCAUGAAGCUUAUUCCGAGCUAGUUCGUUAUAUAAACGAGCAACAAAUUACGGAACCUCUUUGUGUUACUACGCCUGGUAUGAACCAAGCAAUUAUUCAAUCAGUUCAAGAUCGUUCAGCAUUCUGGUGUAGAAGUUAUGAUCACAUCCUUAUUGACACAUGGGCAAAUGACGAAAAUGUGUGGAAGGCACUUCAUGUAAGAGAGGGAACUAAGAAGGAGUUCUUGAGAUGCAACAGGACUUUGGCAUACAAGACAACUAUACGCAGCGUUGUAGAGUAUUAUCGGAAUCUCACUAAUGCCAACAUCGAAGCUCUUGUUUACAGUUCUGCUCUUGACAUGUCUAUACCACACCUGAGUACAGAAUAUUGGAUAAAGUCAUUCAACAUGAGCAUACGUGACAAAUGGCGUGCAUGGUUUGUUGAUGGUCAAGUUGCCGGAUUCACAGAAAUCUACAAAAUGAAAGAAGACCACUACCUAACAUACGUGACCGUGAAGGGCGCUGGACACGUGGCCCAAACAUUUAAACCCAGGGAAGUUUAUAAUAUGAUCAAUAGGUGGUUCUCAUUUUCGCUUAUCUAA